AUGCCAUUGCCGAUGAUUCUGCAGCUGCAGAUGCAGAUGCCACGACGCCAAAAGGUUGGUCUUGUGGUGCUGUUUGUCAUUGGUUCUGCUAAAGGAACACGACAACAUCCAUUCCAGACAAUAGGGAUCAUUAGGAACAAAACCCGGAAGGAUAGACUCGAUGUUCAGAUUGAAGAUCCCGGAUUCGACCUCAAGACAAUCGUCCAGGCGCAGCCCGUGACGACCGAAGUGACGGCGUAUGAGACAGACGAACAGCCAGAACAGAUGAUACGGCACCUGCGGAGACAAGAGUCAUUGAAAAAGUUUGGCGAGGCUCAGACUCAGACUCAAUUGUGGGAUCCCCGCAACAGCAGCAGCGAUGAUGAGGAGCGGGCGAUUGUCCAGACGAAAACGGUGACAGUUGUAUACGGGCCAAGGACGGAAUGA